AUGGCCUCGCACUAUCAAGGUCCUGCUUCCCUUGCGUUCUCAAGGUAUGCCAGCCCGCAGCAGAGGAGCGAUCAGCUUGCCGCCUUCGCAGCGGUAUCGCCUAUUUCCAAGUCAAUGAAGGAAAACGUUAUCGCCACCAAGGAUCAGAUCGCUGCCUCUGACAACCAGCCCGCUCCCGACAUGGCGACCCAGAACUCCGAUGCGCAGCUUGCAGUUGCUCAGGGCAAUACCCUCAAGAAAGAAGUCGACACGCACGCCGCGAAGUUCUCUAGGUCUGUAUCAACCGCUGUGACGAACACACGACAGCUGCUUGAGCUCAUCCGCGACUCAUUACAAAAGGAAGACGCGUCGGAGCUCAAGACUGUGGAUAACCUCUGGAACGAACUUGAACAGCUUUUCGCGGCUGCAAAGGAAGCCAAGGUAGUUUUGCCCAUCUUUCUGGAGAAGCAGAGGAACAACAUGAGUCUCUACCACAGCUCGAUGAUGAACGAGACAUACCGCGAGACGCAAGAAGAGUUGAACAUCCAGCACAAGAAGGUCAACCUCCAGCACAAUCUCAUUCUUGAACACCAGCAGGCUUUCCAGGACUACAAAGAGCAGGUCGCUCCAAAGCUGCAGGAGAACGAGGAGCUUCGAGAUCGUCUAUCACGCCUUACGCUAGAGAAAGGUAACUUUCGCACGGAGAUUGACAAGUACAAACAGCUCCUGGAGCAGCAGCAGUCAUGCGGGACCGAAGAUCUCAAGAAGGCGGACGACUUGCAGAAGGAAGUGGAGACGCUUGUAACUUCCAGUCAGCGGCUCAUGACGGAGAACGAAACCCUCCGCGACAGGAUUAACGACAUGGAGGAGCAGAAGAAGACUGCAGAACAGACGCUUGCUGAUGGCUACACGGAAGAACUCAGGUCCAAGACAGAGCUGCUCGCGAAGGAAGGUGUCAAGACCAUGUCUCUCAAUGUUCUAGUAAACGCUCUGAAGUCUGGUGAGAGCAAUGCCAAGAAGGAGGUCGAUAAGGUAAAGGCCGAGAACAAGAUGCUUGGUGAGAAGUACAAGAAUCAGGCUGCUGAGCAUGCAACGGCUUUCACGAAGCUCAGUUAUCAGACCAAGAACAUCGAGGGGCUGACUGUCGAGUUGGAGCGCCUCCGAAAAGAGAAGGCCGAGCUAAAAGCAAGCCUUGCCAAGCUGUCCGAACUUGAAGAGACCAACACAGAACUAUCACAGGCAAAGUCAGAUUUGCAGAAGCAGGUCGACAAACUCACUGCGGAGAUGGGUCAAGCCAAGGAUGAUGGUAGGAAGGUUGAGAACGAAUACAAGGUUUUGUUGGAAAAGGUCAAGAAGCUUGAGAAGGAAAACGAGGACCUAGAGAUCGAGAACAAUAAUUUCGAGGCUGAUCACAAGAAAGCUCUGCAAGCUCUCACUGUUUCCCAAAAGGAGAACUCAAAGCUCGUGUCAACCGUCAACGGGCUCAAGACCAACCGUUCUGCAGUGGCACCAGCUGUGGGUGGCAUUCUAACCGCCGGUAAGGAGACUAAGGCUCUUGAGGAGAAGGUUCGAGGGCUCGAGGAGCAGAAGACUACCCUUGAAGACGCUCUCGAGGAGUGGACUACUCUCGCCAAGCGUUCCUACAAAGAGUACAAGGAAAUGCUCCCGACUUACAAGCUAGCCGACAAUUUCCGCAAAGAUGCCCUUGAGAAGCAAGAACAGAUCAAGGCCUUGAAGCUCCAGCUCGCAUCCGCCAAGGUCUCGCAGUUGAACGGCGGGGGUGCUAGCGGCGAUGCAGGCUACUGGAAGGACAAGUACGAGAGACUACUGUCCACUUACGGGAACUAA